GUUUAGUGUGUGUGAGUUUGAAUUUUCAACGAAGAAACUAGCUGGUCAACCCUCUCCUCAUUGAAAAGAAGAAGAGGUUAGACUUGCAAAUCUUCAAGAGCUUCUUCAUUUUGUUGGAGUUGAAAUGGGCGUGCAGUGGCUUCUCGUCUGCCAUGGAUUAGUCACUCUUUUGGUGGUUGUCUCUUUUCUCUGCGGCCGCUGGCCUAUUUUCGAUGGCACUUUCAUUCAACGCAUCCACAUCUUCCUCACUUUCGGCGCUUACGACUAUUUCCAGAGAUUUGUUAAUUAUAUAUUCGGUACAAAAGGCACCAAUGCCAUCCUUUCUAUCGAGUACUAUUGCUGUGAUCGACCUAAUCCUAUCUUACAGGCCAUAUAUUUGGCAAUUAUCGGAGCUACUUAUUACUUUAUUGUGACAUCAUCCUUUAACUAUAUUCCCGGCCAUUACAUAGGUGGAAUCCACAGGUACCUAAGUGUGGUUGCGGUUGGUGUGGGUGUUCUACUCUUUCUGUUAACUAGUUUCUCUGAUCCUGGAAUUGUAAAUAAUGAGAAUUUUUCUCGUUAUGUGUCUGUGUAUCCAUAUGACAACGCCAUUUAUAUAGAGAAAGAAUGCUCAACUUGCAAGUUUACGAAACCUGCUAGGUCCAAGCACUGCAGUAUAUGUGAUCGUUGUGUUGCUCGAUUUGAUCAUCAUUGUGGAUGGAUGAACAAUUGCAUUGGAGAGAGGAACACUCGAUAUUUUGUGGCUUUUCUUAUCUGGCACUUCAUUCUAUGCGUUUAUGGAGCAGUAGCCAUUGCGUUGAUUCUUGCCGGGCAACUGAAGGAAUCACAAGUCAUAUAUAUUCUUACUGAAUUUUAUGGAAUUGAUAAUUCAUUUGGCAGUUUGGCUCCACAUGUUGUUCAAUGGUUCUUGGGAUCAUAUAAUACUCAGAUACUGAUUAUGGUCUUUUUGGCCAUAGUGUCUCUUCUACUUGCCGGUUUCUUUGGAUAUCAUGCAAAUCUCUGUCUUACGAACACCACAACAAAUGAGACUUUUAAGUGGCACGAGUAUUUGAGCUGGAAGAGGAAGGUCAACGAGGCAAGAGCAAGUGCAGAAGCACUUAAAUCAAGUUUAGCUGAGCUGAGCCAAGAGAAGCCUCCUCAGAGCAAGUGGAAGACUUUCUUUCAAAGAUCUCCACUGAAGGAUACAGAACCUGUUAAGAAUAAUAUCUAUGACAGAGGUUAUAUCCGCAAUGUAAGUGAGAUCAUAUUUCCUUUGUCAUCAAGACAGUUAUUCAAACAAUAUAAAUCAAAAUCAGGCUAGGUGUAGGUUGUCAAUCACUCUUUUCUCUGCAUCCACUAGACAGGACAAUGCUACAAUGAAUUAACAAUUUUGGGCUUAGCUGUAACAUAGUCCAACAUUAAAAUUAUACCCUUUUUUGCUGUAUUAUGAUAUAUACGUAUAUUAGUUCUGGUUUA